UCCCCUUCCGGCGCCGCUUUCUGCCGGUCCUUCCGCCUCUGGGUCCGGCGCCGCCUCCUCCUGCCCCACGUGCGUCCUCCCCGCUCGUCCUCCAUCGCCGCCAGGAUGCUGCUGGCUCGCGCUCUCCGCCCGGCCGCGGCCGCUUUCGCUCUCCGGCCCGUCCAAGCGCAGCUGCGCCGCGGCGCGCCUCUCUUGCCCGCCGCCCUGGCCCCCGCCGCGGCCGCCCGUCCCUUCACCCGCUCGCUGUGGCUGCUGUGCGGCGACGGGACGGGCCGGAGCGGCCUCCUGCGUGGGUCCCGGGCCUCGCCCUCCCUGGCCUGCACCUGCGGAGGGCUCCACACCGAGGGCGAUAAAGCUUUUGCGGAGUUUCUGACAGAUGAGAUUAAGGAGGAGAAGAAAAUCCAGAAAAACAAAGCCUUGCCCAAAAUGUCUGGUGGGUGGGAGCUGGACGUGCAGGGCACGGAAGCCAAGUUGGUUCGGAAAGUUGCUGGAGAAACGAUCACCAUUUCCUUCAACAUUAACAACAGCAUCCCGCCCAACUUUGACGAGUCCCAGGAAGGACAGAAACCUGAUGAGCAAGAGCCCGAGCUGACCUCGACCCCAAAUUUUGUCGUUGAAGUGACCAAGGAUGACACCAAGCAGACACUUGUCUUAGACUGCCAUUAUCCUGAGGAUGAGAUUGGUCAUGGGGAGGAGGAAGAGGAGAGUGACAUUUUCGCCAUCCGGGAGGUGAGCUUCCAGCCCGCCGGAGAUUCGGAAUGGCGAGAAAAUAAUUACACCCUCAACACGGACUCCCUUGACUGGGCCCUGUAUGACCACUUAAUGGAUUUCUUGGCUGACCGAGGAGUGGACAACACAUUUGCAGAUGAGCUGGUUGAGCUCAGCACGGCGCUGGAGCACCAAGAAUACAUUCGCUUCCUUGAAGGUCUGAAGCAGUUUGUGAAAUGCCAGUAGGCCGAGACCAAGUGGAAGGCCAGAGCCCCGCGUGCAAAGGGGGCUCGGCUUCCUGUGCUUUUGGCACCAGAUGCCGGACUCUUGCUUGGGAACCCAGGCAGUGAGACACAACACGGAGAGAGUUGACGUCUGAAACAUUUCAUCGUGGUUGGAAAAUGUAAACCCUUUGAGAACUUGGUGGUGGCUGACUGGCGCGGCGAAGGCCAGCUCUCACAUUUGUAUCCCGCCAGCUAUUCUUGGAAGUGUGAUUUUUGGGGGGCGAUUUUGUACAAUUUGAAGAAGGCUGGCAAAAUGAUGUGAAAAUAAACUCAACUGAACACCU